AUGACUCCGAGUCGUUCCGGCCUCCUCUGCUUUCUCGCAGGAGCGGCUGCCCUGAUUGCUGCAGACCCCUUGAAGAUCGUCAAUGGAUACUCCGGCAACGCCUUUUUUGAUGGUUUUCAUUUCAACGCAUCUGUCGACGAUCCUUGGAAUUACGGUAACAUUGUGUACUGUGCCACCGCCAAGGAUCCGUCAAAUCCAUUGGCCUAUGUUAAUUCUGCUGGCAACGUUGUUGUGAAGGUGGAUAAUAAGACUCAGAACAAUGGAGAUCCCUUUUUCGGCCGGAACACCGUCAUGAUGAUGAGUGACAGCACAAUAGGUAUCGGGACACUUGUCGUGGUGGACGCUGUGCACAUCCCAUACGGAUGCAGCAUCUGGCCGGCAUUUUGGACACUUUCCGAUGCUGGGGACGUCGGAGGGGAGAUCGACAUCAUUGAGACCGUGAACCUGCUGCCUGCGAACCAGUAUACCCUUCACACGAAUAAUGGAUGCACACUGUCGGCUUCGUCAGAUCUUCCCCAUUCCGGGCAUACAACACAGACAAAUUGCUUCUUUAAUACUACCGGGAAUCCUGGGUGCAGUAUCACCGAAACGGCAUCAUCCACGUCUGUUGGUGCUGCAUUUGCUAAGAAUGGAGGCGGGGUAUAUGCGAUGUACAUGAGCACCAACGGCAUCGAGAUGUGGUUCUUCCCGCGUGGACAGGUUCCUACUGACCUCUCGACGAACAAUCCGGAACCGACAUUGUGGGGACAACCCAGCGCGUCGUUCCCGGCUAGUACUUGCAAUCCGUCAACAUUCUUCCAGCCGCAGCGAUUGAUCCUUAACACGGACCUGUGCGGCUCAUGGGCUGGUAACGUCAUGGACUCCACCGGAUGUCCCGGCAUCGUUUGCACUACGCUCAUAGCGGACGCGAGUAACUUUGACACCGCAUACUGGGAGAUCUCGUCUGUGAAAACUUUCACUGAAAACGGAUCAGCGACUCACUCCGUCAUAGGAUCUUCGCCUCCCGAAGGUACUAGCUCUACUAAUGCAUCGUCGCGAGUUCGAUACUCGCUGAAAUUGCUAACGAUGGUUCUCACAAUGACUGUGGCCAUGUCGGUAUAA